CAAAAAUACAAACAAAAUUCAGAACAGUUUAAUGCAUUUUAGUAGCGUAAGAAAAAUGUCAGCUACGGCUGGUACGGGCCAGAACCCAUUAUUUCCUAGAAUCUUUGGGCAGGAGGCAGCAGGUGUUGGUGAAGGUGUGACAGAGCUGAAGCCAGGGGACCAUGUCCUCCCUGUGUUCACCGGAGAAUGCAAGGAAUGUGCUCACUAUUCCCCAUUAAUGGCAAACCCAUUCACCAUUUUGUUGGGACUUCCACCUUCAGUGAGUACACCAUGGUUCAUGUUGGUUAUCUUGCCAAGAUCAAAUCCCUUGGCUCCUCUUGACAAAGUCUGCGUUCUCAUUUGUGGGAUUUCAACAGGUCUUGGUGCCACUCUUAAUGUUGCAAAACCCACAAAGAGUUCCACCGUUGCUGUCUUUGGAUUGGGAGCCGUAGGCCUUGCUGCUGCUGAAGGAGCAAGAAUUGCUCGGGCUUCAAGGAUCAUUGGUGUUGAUGUGGACCCAAGUAGAUUUGAAGAAGGUAAUUAUGGAGACACUACUUCUCAUAGCAAAGUAAUAGAGCUUCAAAUUGCUUUGUUAUUGAGAUUUUUUUACUCUACUUUUCCAUCUAGAAAGUUCGGUGUGACUGAGUUUGUGAACCCAGAAGACCACAAAAAACCUGUUCAGGUGCUCAUGGAGAUGACCAAUGGAGGAGUUGACAGAAGCGCUGAAUGUAAUGGGAAUAUCGAUGCCAUGAUUUCAGCAUUUGAAUGUGUCCAUGAUGGUUGGGAGGUUGCUGUUCUUGUGGGGGUUCCACACAAAGAUGCUGUGUUCAAGACUCGCCCAAUAAACGUACUUAACGAAAGGAUUCUCAAGGGAACCUUCUUUGGAAACCACAAACUCCAUACUGAUCUUCCAUUGGUGGUGGAGAAAUACAUGAACAAGGAACUCGAACUAGAAAAGUUGAUCACCCACUCUACUACAUUCUCGGAGAUGAACAAGGCUUUUGAGUACAUGCUUAAGGGUGAGAGCCUUCGAUGCACCAUCCCCAUGGAAGAGUAACAUUUGAAUAAGCUCUUCAAAUGAGGCUUCAAGCUCCCCUUCUUGCUGGUGUCUGUUCCAUAUGCAAAGUUUCAGAGGCUUUAUUCCAGUUUGUACAGUAGCGUAAAUGCUCUUC